GAAGGAAGAUUCUCAGGCGAAGGUAGCCAAGCAAUGGAGGUUCAAAGCUGAGUCUAUCCCUCCCUCCCCAAUAAAGCAAAUUCAUCGAUUCACUUCAAUUCUGCAACGGCGUCGUUUCUGCACCCCCUCCGAUUUCCUCUCUGCCUCCCGCGCCGGCCGCUCCCCUCGCCGUUCGCUCAGUCCGAUUGGCAGCUUUGUGGAUUGACAAAGUUGCAUCGAAGGACUGCAGCAACAUCAAUUUAAGUUUUAUCAGAUUGAGAUUUGUUACUUUCCCCUUCUCUUUGUGGUGUCCUCCAAAUUGGGUUUCUGAUUAGCCUUCAACCGAUCUAUCAAAUUGGUGUUAAAUCUGUGAAUUAAAAGUGGCAGUGGUUGGCCAAACGCAGCAGCCUUGUUCUAGAAUUCUAUGCUCUCUUUGUUCUUCAUUGUGUUACUGGACUUAGAUGGACGUUCCCUCAGUGGAACUAAAUUGUGAAAGCGAAGAAGAUUCUUACCCUUUAUUAAUGGCCCGUCCAGAAAACUUCGACAGCAGUGAGCAUGUCAUUGACAUAACUGGUACUGGUGAUUCUUCCUCUAGUUUGCCUCAUGGUAGGAAUUCAAAUGGCUUAAAUUCAUCACAGCCUGAAGACAGACCUUCAAGUAGUACACGAGUUCCCAUGUCUCAGCCUUCAAUUUCUUCUACUGGAUCAAAUUCUAGAAAUUCCUCAUUCAUUAGAAGAGGGGAUGCGCGACGUCGUAGGAGUCCAUUAAAUUCUGGUCUAUGGAUAUCUAUUGAAUUGCUACUCACUAUGAGCCAAAUUAUUGCAGCUAUUAUUGUCUUAUCAUUGUCAAGGGAUGAAAAACCUCGCGCACCUUUGUUUGCAUGGAUUGUGGGAUAUGCAUCUGGAUGUGGUGCCACUCUUCCUCUUCUCUAUUGGCGUUAUCGACAUCGCAAUCAGGCAUCAGAACAAGAUUCUCUUCAAUCCAGUCAGAAUUCUUCUCGCAUUAAUGUUCCUGCUGGGCCAUUCUCUCUUUCAGUUUCUAGGACAUCAGAAGGGGAAGAACUUCAGCAUCCUGCCCAAUCCCCUAGAGGCAGUCAAGUGUCGGGCGUUUUUACAGCAAGAUUAAAAGUAAUGGUUGAAUAUUUUAAGAUGGGCUUGGAUUGCUUCUUUGCUGUUUGGUUUGUGGUUGGUAACGUUUGGAUCUUUGGAGGGCAUUCAUCAGCCUCCGAGGCUCCUAACUUGUACAGGCUAUGUAUAGUGUUUCUUACCUUUAGCUGUAUUGGUUAUGCCAUGCCCUUCAUUCUCUGUGUAACCAUCUGCUGUUGCCUACCUUGUAUAAUUUCCAUCCUUGGGUUUAGAGAGGACUUGACACAGACCCGAGGAGCCACAACAGAAUCUAUAAAUGCAUUGCCAACUUAUAAGUUUAAGCUGAAGAAAAGUAGAAGUGGAGAUGAUAGAGAAAACAACUCCGGGGCUGGGGAAGGAGGAGGGGUUGUGGCUGCUGGAACUGAAAAGGAGCGAGUGAUUUCAGGAGAAGAUGCUGUCUGUUGCAUCUGUCUGGCAAAAUACGCUAACAAUGAUGAACUGAGAGAGUUGCCAUGUUCUCACUUUUUCCACAAAGACUGUGUAGAUAAAUGGUUGAAGAUAAACGCCCUGUGCCCGCUUUGCAAAAACGAGGUUGGUGAGAGUAACACUGGCUCUCUGGAGGGGGAAAAUACACAACAUCAGGGUGAGUAAUGAGGCCAGCGACUCGACUAUUGCACCGUGUUGUAUGCACGAAGAAUUGGAAGGUUCAUUCUUCAUCGAUGCAAGUGUAGUAUGUACAAGCUCAUCCUUCUCAAGCCGUUUUACCUUUAUUUUUGGGUUCAGGUGAGAAAGUAUGCGGCAUUCAUUAGCCUUCAACAAGUUCCUUCUAGUAAACCCGUCCAUUGUCGAUAUACGCAGUUGGUUUUAUGGUGCACGGUAGACGUUUAUGAGUGGAGAUCAUUAUGUGAUUUCUCGUUACUAUAGGAACUGAAAAUUUCAGAUGUUGCAAGGUGUUUAUACUUGUAUAAUCACACUCCUUGCUCUUGUAUUGCCCUCUUCAAUUUUGUGGUAUAAUGGCUAUGAUAAUGAAUAAUUAGUAGAGCAUACUGUGUAAGCCUAUAACAUGUGUUUUCCAUUUUCAAGUU